AACAUGACUCCUAGAGAAUUACAAAAAUACGAAGUUCUCUUUUCUCCUUUCGUUCUCUUCUUUUUGAUUUUGACUUGGUUGGCAGGGUCAGGGCCUUUCUCGCUGGGCGAGCGCAUCCGAUUGAUUCUAAAGUCCUUUCCUAAACCACUUCCCGUUCAGUUGCUGAAAGAUAGAGAGAACCUUUCUAAAUGAGAUUGAGUUCCACGAAUAUGCAAGCUAGAAAGAUGCUAUUUGCUGCUAUUCCAUCUAUUUGUGCAUUUAGUUCAAAGAAGAUCUCAAUCUAUAAUGAAGAAAUGAUAGUAGCUCGUUGUUUUAUAGGCUUCAUCAUAUUCAGUCGGAAGAGUUUAGGUAAGACUUUCAAAGUGACUCUCGACGGGAGAAUCCAGGCUAUUCAGGAAGAAUCGCAGCAAUUCCCCCAUCCUAACGAAGUAGUUCCUCCGGAAUCUAAUGAACAACAACGAUUACUUAGGAUCAGUUUGCGAAUUUGUGGGACCGUAGUAGAAUCAUUACCAAUGGCACGCUGUGCGCCUAAGUGCGAAAAGACAGUGCAAGCUUUGUUAUGCCGAAACCUAAAUGUUAAGUCAGCAACACUUCCAAAUGCCACUUCCUCCCGUCGCAUCCGUCUUCAGGACGAUCUAGGCACAAAGUUUAACUUAUUAGUUAGGAGGAAAUUUUGCCCCCAGUGUAUCUCGAAAGCAGAAAAAAUAGAACUCAUUCGAGAGAGCUUGGUGGUCUUAAGAAUAAAUAAGACGAAUAGAAUCUAAUUCAUGUUCAUGCUAACAGAAGAGCGGAUCCAAUACAAUG